AUGAGUAAUAAAAUAGGAUUAUCAACUACGGAGGCAUUAGAAAUUCUUCAUCAUGAAAUUGAACGUGUUUUAAUUGAAUAUAAAGUUGACUAUCAUAAAAAUAAAAAAUUUCAUUGUUGGUUAAAAGAUUCACUCCAUCACAAAAGUCAGUAUACAACACUUUGUUGGACAUCAGCUGUUGCACUGUUUAUAAAUGCCAUCAUCUUAAUAAUUGCUUAUUUAAAUAUUAAUCAACAGAGUGAUCAAGUUUCAUUAUUGCCAUAUGAAGCACUUAUUAUCUGUUGUUUUGUUAUAUUAAAUUUUGUGUUAGUAAUAUCAGAUAAUAUUUUACGUCAUAACGAAAUACCUCACAGGGUUAACAUUCUUCUAAAAAAAAUAAACGCUGCUCGUUUAUUAUGUAAAUGGAAACCGGAAAAUUAUCCACAUCUUUGUACUCCCCUUUCACCUUGCGUAACUCUACAGUGGACAUAUCGUGAUAAUGUUAUUGUUAAUUUACCAUGGGCUUUACUAGUUACUGGUGAUAUUAUUAUAAUAAAACCCGGUCAACAAGUACCUGGUUAUUGUAUUCCAUACAACGAUCCUGAUGGCUCACCUUUAUAUGCUAAAGAAAUUUAUAGCCCAAAUGUUAAUCACAAUACAAAUGAAAUAUUUACAUCACCUCAAGCUCGAAUUCCUUUAAAAAAUAAAAUUUACAUAUUAAAAGAAACCCCUUAUUUAGUUAAUUUACGAAUGGCUUUAGAUCAAGCACUUGAUCGACCAGUUACUUAUCAUAAUCGCAAACGUCAUUUACUUAUGAUUUGUUGCAUUGAACAAUUGACCUAUCCUAUUCUUUUAAUAACUGUUUUAAUUGUAAAUUUAUUACGAUAUUUAUAUUUUUACAAGUAUGCUGGUACUGGCCACUGGACUGAAUUAUUUUUAUUACAACCAAUAGCAGUAACACUUCCAUUAUUGCCAAUUAUUUUUCCAAUAUUUUGGAUUGUUUUAAAUUGUUUUGGUAUGGCAAGAUUCAAAGCUUUAUUUCAACUUUAUCAAUCUUCUAGUAAAAUUUCGUUUGUAGAUCCAUAUGAUGAUACAGAUAUAGCAGGCCCAAAUAAUCCUGAGGUUGUUUAUAAUUGGUCAGAAUUGGCGGAAUAUUUUUUUUCAAUAAUUAUUGGCAAAGAAUUUAUGAUGUCACGUUCAGCAAGUAUUCUUCAUGUAUUAGGAUCAGUUACAGCAUUAUGUUGCAUUGAUAAAAAAGGAAUUCUAUCUUGGGCCAAUCCAACAGCAGAAAAAGUUUUUUUUUUACGUAAUGCCAAUGCGCUGUCUCGUACAUCCAGUUCUAUUAGCCUUGAAAAACCAUCGGAAUCGCCAAGAACAACAACAGAACCUCUAUAUAAAAAUGAACAAGAACAACAUCACCAACAGCAUGAACAAAAACAACAACUGAAACAAGAACAAGAACAAGAUAAAGAAGAAGAACAAAAACAAAAACAAAAACAGCAACAGCAACAGCAACAAAAUCACCGUACAACAUAUGUUCAACAUGUUGCUGAAGUUCUUGAUUUAACUCACGAUCAUGCUUUACCAUUUCGUCUUCAAUUUGAUGAUCCUUCCUGGAGACAUCAUUUAAAUUCUCUAAAACCCUUGGGUUUAGCGAUAUUACUGAAUACGUGUAAUAUGGAAACUCAAGAACAUUAUGCUCAAUUUUGUUGUCACCAACCGGAAAUGGUCAGACGUGAUAUUAAAUUCGCAAGAUCAUUAAGUAUUGCUACAAAACUUAAAUUUCCUUUCCCUCAUAUGGUUGCAGUUGUAAUGAAAGAACGUACCGGUGGUAGUUUACAAUUAUUAACUCAAGGUACUGCGGAUAUUAUUUUAGACUCAUGUAUUGAAUUUUGGGAUGGACAUGAUCUUUGUCCAUUAUCCGCUUCUGAUAGAAAAAAAAUUCAAGAUUUUUAUCAACGGACUAGUUUAACGUCUUACUGUACUGCGUUUGCAUAUCGACCAUUGAUUCAUACCGUCAAUAAUAAAUUAUCAAAUAUUUAUUUAGAACUUCCAUCUGAUAGUAAACACUUGUAUGCACCUCAUAAAAGUCCAACUCCAGUACCUUGGGAUUUUCGAAAUGUUAUAGAUCCACGUGUUAAAGGAUUACUAGGGCAAUUUCAUUCAACAGAUUCCUUACUUUGCACAGAAAAUAAAAAUGAAGAAAUAAAUGAUGUUGACAGUUGUUUCGAAAUGCAAUGUAAUCAAAUAUUCAUUGGAAUGGUAACAAUGCAGUAUCAAGCUCAAGCAGAUAUGGUACAAUUGAUUGAACAAUUAGAAAGAGCGUGCAUAAGAUUUGUUCACUUCAGCAAGGAAAAUGAAUUACGUUCGCGUGUAUUCUCAGAGAAGAUGGGUCUUGAGAGUGGAUGGAAUUGUCACAUUUCAUUGCUGAGCGAGAGAGCUAGGUCAGAGAGUCCAGUAGGGUGUUGGGUGAGCCAAGCAGCUGCUAUGUCCUCACCAACGUCUUCUGAUAAAUUUAAUCAGUAUAAUACUGAUACCUGCAUGAUGAACGAAGAGGCCAGCGAAUUGCUUAAUCGUGUAUGUCCUCGUUCUAAUUUGGAUGUCAGUCGAACAAUGAGUAUGUCUGCACCUAGCGCAAUAAAUAUGGAUUAUGCAACUGUUAAAUUUGAACAAGAUACAACAGAAUGGCAUCAGGAUUCUGUUAUGCAAACUAAAAGUGCAAUGAGUCAUAGGGAACAUGAUACAAUAAAAAGUGAAGACAGUGUAUUGGUUCAAAGUGUUGAAUUAGGAUCUGGACAAGAAGCUUGGAGAUCGUUGAGCUGUCUUACUGAUAGUACUGAACAGAGUGCUCCAGUUAAUUUUGAUUUAUCCAACAGAGCAAAAUUACCUCGAGGAAUAGAUAAAAUACGUCCGCAUAUUGAAAUGGUUGACAAUGUACCUUUAUUGGUAUCGUUGUUUACCGAUUGCAAUACAAUAGUAACUCGUGAAAUGUUAAAUAUUAUGCAAGAUUAUGGUGAAGUAGUUUGUGUACUUGGUUCAUCGGCAAAUGCUGAUAAUAUGCCGAUAUUUAUGCAAGCAGAUGCAGGAGUUGCUGUUGAACCGUUGUAUCCACAAGUUUGUCAAAAAAUUCCUGUUAUGGUAAAUACAAAUGAUGAACAAGGCCCAUCACCAAUUGAUUUAAGCCGAGCUCUUAAUUCAAUAGCUUGUUCAUUAUGUGUAAAACGUGAAGAUCCGAUAGCUUUAUUUCACCUUGUAAUGGAGGCAAGGGAUUACAUGAGAUGUUUAUGGAAUUGUGUUCAAUUUUGGUUGUGUUGUAUUGUAACACUUUCAUUUACCCAAGCAUUAUCAGUAUUGUUAUUAUUACCACCAUUAUUUUCAAUAAGCCAAGUUAUCUGGUUAAUUUGUUUAAUUAUUCCUCUAUUAUCAAUAUCAAUGAUGGCUACACCAAUUGACCCUACAAUAAUGCAGAGAGCUACCGGAAAAAAUCAGUGUGUUGUUAAUAGCAAGGUUGCCUUUUUUGUUAUUUGGUGUUAUGGGAUAAUAAUCUCAUCAGGAUUUGUACAUAGAGAGUAUUUGAUAUUUCAAAGAAUGCCAUUUAAUAAUUUAUUAUGGUUUUGUAAUAUAGUUAUUGUUUUAGGAUUACAGGUUCUUUUUUCUGGUAAUACAUUGUAUAAAUUAUUGAAAGAAGAGCAACGGAAAAAUCAAAAAUUUCCAGUUCAACUGCCAUUAUUUUUCCUUAUAUCAAUUCCACUAGCUUUCACUAUUAACGAAUUGGUUAAGUGGCAAGAAAUAAAAGCAAAUGUACGUCAUCAAAAAAGGGCUCGAUUAGAGUUUGGUACAAAACUAGGAAUGAAUUCGCCGUUUUAA